AUGGUUGAGGAUGAAAACAUGUUUAAGGCCCUCUUUACACCGUACAACGAGCGAACACGCCACGAUGUCGCUUGGUCUCCGUAUAGGAGACGCUUAAAGUGGGACUGGCACUUGCGCAACUUUCUCUACGCACUACUUCCAGCUGCCGCGAUUUUCUUGUUCUGCGAGGCUGUAGAGUAUAGGUAUGACUUGAAAAAGUCCUUCUCUUCCGAAAGCUCGAAGAAUGAUAGGAAAAUUAGGCAUUUGCAAGAUGCAGCGGCACAGUCAACAACAGAAUUGAGGCAUGAUCGCGAGGGCUCGUUGACGCAAUCAGUUCAAACUUCGCGCGCACCGUGA